GACUGUGAAGUUUGGUUCAGGCUGUGUGUAGGUUAAAUCACGUUAAAUUUGGCUAAUUUUGGUUUAUUUUGUUAUAGGAAUAGAAAUGACUUUAAGAACUUGGGUAUUAAUAUAUCUAACACAAUUAUAAGUCAAAAUCUAAGAAAUUUACCUUUAUUUAUCGCGAUAUAAAUAAGCGAAUAUAGAAUUAUUCUUUGAUAUAAUGGUGUUUGUUGUUUUGUAAAUUUUGGUGUUUUCUUUAUAUGAACUGACGCUUUUGGAGAUUUUGCCGAAAAAUGGAGUUAUCAGAUGACUGUGAUGUAGAUAUAACUACGUUCAUAAAUCCCCAUUUAUUCUGGGUGGUAGUUAAAAACAAAGUAAGGAAAAAGAUGUUAGCCAAUUUGGAUAUUCAAAUUCAACUGUCCCUCACAGAAAUUAAAAAUUGUUCUGGUUUGGAUAUCGGACAGAUGGUGGUUGCUGUGAUAGAUGGUUUUUCCUAUAGAGCUGUUAUUGAACACAUAGAUGAAAAUGAUAAGCCUUCAUAUCUUGUAUGGCUUAUUGACUAUGGAACAAUGAAGGAAAUUGAAAAAGUUUAUGAGAUACCUGCAUCUUUAAGCAAAUUGCAGCACUUGUCUUUUCAGGCUAGUUUAAACAAUGCAGUGUGCAUGGAAGAGUUUCUGGAUUAUAAUGCAGUAGGUGAGGUUUACAAUGUUAAGAAACCAGUAAAGAAUCCGACAACACUUGUCAUCAAAGAAGCUCUUAAAAUUCUAUCUGAAGGUCAUAAUUUUAAAUUUAAACUGGAAGAUAAGCAAAAUGGUGUAGCCUUAGGAGAUAUUAUUGUUAAAGAUAAACUUAACAAAGAGGCAUCACUUAGAGACAGUUUGAGUAAUGAACCUCUGAGAGUACAAUACAGCAACAAACAUAAUGUGACUGAUCCAAAUGAGAAAAGCGAUGCUGUAAACAAAUUGCAAGAGUCUUCUGAUGCCUUAGAUUAUCAGAAUGUUUCAAAUGAAAGUACUGAUAACCCUGAUUGUAAAGAAAAUUCAUCAUCUUUUUUGCCUAAAAAUAAUAUUAGAGGUAAAUUUUCCCAAUAUAUUUAUGUAGUAUGUUUAGUAGAUAUUGAAUAA